CUCGUCAAGGAGAGGAAGACCGAAGGAAACGAGAAUCUGAAGAUGACAAUCGACGUCAACAAGAAAGAAAAGAACGGGUGGAGUUCCAGUCUUCUAUAAGGCAGGAGUUAUCAACCAAACUGGAGGUGGUGCGGGAAGCGGUCAACAGCAAGAAGGCCAGUGAGACGGACGAAAUGGCGAAGUUGCGUUUACAAGUGGAGGCGUUGUGUCGACAGAAGGAACCCGUUGUUGAGAAGAAGAACUCGGAGAAUGACGAGGUACGAAAACUAAAGGCUCGCGUUGACGAACUGCAGAAAGUUGCCAGUACAUCGGCAAUGGGCACGCGCCCGACUGGUGACAUGGACGAGCUGGCGCGGCUUCGGAAGGAGCAGGCUGAUACGAAGGUGGCGACAGAGAAACGCCUUGCUUCGAUGGAGGAGGUGAUCUUCGCUCUCCAAAAGCAGUGUGAAGUGGCCGAAGCCAAUGUGGAGGCGUGGAAGAAUGGAGCCUUAGGUCCAGGGAACAAACGUGGGUCCGUAGCGAUUGGUCAGACUCGAGCAUCUGAAGCUCGCGUUCGACCUCGUGUUACUCCUGUGGUUACACUAUGUGUCACGGAGCGAGUUAAUCCGCGCAUUAAAGCGAUUGUGGAGCGGCAUCAGCAGGAGGUUGAACUGUUGGAAGAAAUGCGUCUUCGUGAAGUCAACGCGCAAAAGGAGUCAGAGGAGGAGGUAGAAAGACUGAAGGAAUCCCUGGCCAGACUGGAGACUGCAAAGAAACGGGGAGGAACUAAUUUGAAAUCGAAGAUGGAUGCAGCAGCAGGCGUGUCUACUAGAAAGGAUGUGGGAAAAGGAGUGGUUUCUCUUGUCGUCAUUGUGAGUCAAAGGGAAGCGGUGCUACGGGAGGAACGAAAGAAAUUACGUAAUCUCAAGAAGGAAGAUGUCGUCACUAUUUGUGAAAAGGAGGGAAUUACAUAUUCGAAGUUGGAAACAACCAAGGAAUUGAUUGCUCAAGCACGUGCUGACAAGGCGGUUGAGGAUAGUGAUCCUAGCCAGGAUCUCGGGAAGGUUAACUUUGUGGUCGAUAUUACUGAUGAUGGUGUUGGAGGGGGUGAAUCCGACAAGAGCGAGGGACGUGACUCAACGACUUCUUAGGGUCAUGUCCCGGCGCGGCUCAGUUCUGGCAUGUUGUUCGUAUUUGUUGUCGGCUACGCUCUCUUGAUGUUCGGUGGCUUCAGAGUAAAGAGGUAAACGUAUU